UUUUAAACUUUGUUUACCUACUCAAUAUUCAGUAUUAUAAGAAUAAACGUGUACGGUUUAUAAUACAUAUUAAACUUAUUAUAAAUUGAACGAUUUUACAUACUAAAAGCAAUCAGCUUUAAAUUUCAAAGGCUUCAUAGCGAAAUAUAUGAUAGAUUAUUAUUUUACAUAAACGGUCAAUAGGUGAAUCAUUUACAAAAGGUUUCGCUGUGAGUUAUUGGAAUAACUCACUUACUCAUUUAAAGUGCGACUCUCUAACACAAUGAACGUUCAUGCUGUGAAAAUGUGGAAAACCUUAAAAUUAUUGUGGUCGAAAACAAACCGGUGGCACAGAGCGCUAUUCAUAUUUGCCGUCGCCGAGUUAAAUCUGAUACCAGGAGGGCAGGUGGGUUUCCAUUGCAAUGAUCCAGCCCUCUCCCACCCUUACACAGGAGACACUGUCAACUGGAAGUGGCUAAUGGCCACUACCAUAUUUAUACCCUUUGCUGUGUUACUACUUGUCGAAAGAAAACAAUGCCCUGGAGAUACAGCCAAACGCCAGGCCCUAGUCUGGUACAAAGAGUAUUUAUUUGGAUUCCUGUUGAACUUGACCAUAGUACAAACUUUGAAGCUAAUAGUUGGAUCACCAAGACCCCACUUCUUUGAUACUUGUGGACCACAAGAAGCAACAACUUGUGUUGAGUCAGAUUACGUCCCCAGCUAUACGUGCACCAAGGCUCACUGGCUGAAACAGUCGAAUAAAAGCUUCCCCUCCGGCCACACAUCGCUCGCGAUCCACGCGGGCGUGUUUAUCGCGUAUUAUCUAUAUAGAAGAGGUGAAUCCCUCCCCGGUCGCGUUAUACGCGUGGUGCAAGGUGUGUGUGUGGUGGGUGCUCUGGUGUGUGGUGCGUCGCGUGUGUGGGACCGGCGGCACCAUUGGUGGGACGUGCUUGCCGGCGCGCUCCUCGCCGCGCCCGUGCUACUGUAUACCAUAAGGAACCUCUGCAAGAACUUUGACUGUAGGCAGCCCAAGGAUGAACAAACAGACGGAGCAACUUUUACUCAUAACGGAAUAGUCAAUACGUCCUAAUGCACCUCUGGUUAUGCUACUCCCAACGUGAUGCUAUUUUAAGUGAAGUGUAGCUGUUCUAUCAUACGUCAAUAGUCUUUUACUUAUAUGUCGGCCUAAUUUAUUGUAUGGAAUAAUGUUGUUAAUUUAUCAUUCUGUGAUUUUAGUUUUUUAUUCAUAUUGCAAGGUUAUAGGGAUUUCGGUGUGACCUGGAUCCUAUAUAUGCACUAUAAUGCAAUAUAAUGUGGUUCCUACAUUGAUUUUAUCAACUGUGUGGACUUUCAUAUCAUUUAACUUUGAUUGCUUGGGUUGUAUAAAGUUAGAAUUGAGAUGUUUGAUUGGUUGUUAGGAAAUAAUUUAAAAAAUAAACGUUUAAAAUGUCUUAGGUACGAAACGAUAUAUAUUAUUAUGAUUGAAUCGCUAUAUUUUAUAAAGAAGCUAAAACAGUCCCUUUGAAAGAUUCAUGGGCUGUUCUUUUUUAUAUAAAACUCGCUCUUACCAAAUCCUACAUCAAAAAAUCCCUUGCUCCCCCUUUUUCUGUGUUAUUAUACAUAUAAACCUUCCUCUUUAAUCACUGUAUAAAAAAAAUCGUCAAAAUCAGUUGCGUAAUUUUUAAAAUCUAAGUAUACAGACAUACAGAAAAAGCGGAAAGCGAGUUUUUUAUACUAUCUAGUGAUUCAGUUGUGUACCUAACAUAGACAAUUAUGAGCACAUGU